GAAGACGAAACCACCGACCAGUGACCACCGACCACCCCGCCGCAGAGCCUCAAUCUCAGCCCUAGUUAACCCAGCCAACCAACGAAACCACCAUUGAACCACCAUUGAACCGAUCCACAGUGCACACACUCCCGUCGACUUCACUCUCGGCAGCGAAAGCAACACGACCACCACGCCCCUUCCCCGCCCCUCCUCCACCUCCCGCCUCUCAUCGCCUCUGCCCUCGGCCCCCGCCCUCGGCGCCAAACCAAACCAACCAAACCAUGUCGCAACCAACCAUGUACUUCAAAAUAAUCUUGCUCCGCUCAGGCAUCGGCAUGACGAAGCGGCAGAACGGCGUGUUGGCCUCACUCGGCUUGCGCAAGCGCAUGUCGAUCGUCUACCACCCCGUGUCGCAGGAGGUCGCCGGAAAGAUCAUGAAAGUCAAGGAGCUCCUGGCCGUCUCCGAGUGUCCCUUCGCUGAGACCAAGGCGGAGAUUCAUGUAAGGCGCCAGCCGCCGAGUGGGUUCAUUGUUGAGGCGUAAACCCGCGAUGGGCUGGGGGGAUUUGGGGGGGAAGGGGGGUGUAUGAUAUUACGUGGUUUAGAGGAGGAGAAGGAGGGAGGGGAGGAAGGAGGAGGAAGGAGG